AUGAAGGAUAUCACGGGCCUGUCCUACCGCGGCGAUGACUAUGAGGAUGAGUAUGACGACACGUAUGAUGGCAACCAGGUGGGCGCCAACGAUGCCGACUCCGACGAUGAGCUCAUCAGCCGCAGGCCCUUCACCAUCCCUCAAGUGCUAAGAACCAAAGUGCCCACAGAAGGGCAGGAGGAGGAUGACGAGGAGGAGGAGGAAGCUGAAGACGAGGCCCCCAAGCCCGACCAUUUUGUGCAGGACCCUGCGGUGCUACGGGAGAAGGCAGAAGCCAGGCGCAUGGCCUUUCUCGCCAGGAAGGGGUACCGACAUGACAGCUCAGCAGCUGUGGCCGGCAGCCCCCGGGGCCACGGGCAGAACCGUGAGACAACCCAGGAACGCAGGAAGAAGGAAGCGAACAAGUCGACACGAGCCAAUCACAACCGGAGAACCAUGGCCGACCGCAAACGAAAUAAAGGCAUGAUUCCCUCCUGAAGCCGCCACGCCAGGGCCCUCGAGGAGGCAGCGGUGCCAAGCCCGCCAGGCUGUUUCCAUAGCUCGAGGCCUCCUCGCCAGAGACCCAAGUUCAACUCGACCCCUCAGCAGCCUCAGCUUUGCAGCCCCUGAGAAGGCCGCCUCGUUGUCCACCAGCCAGCCGUGAGCACCCUCUUGCAGAACACACAGUGCCUUAUCCCACAGCAGAGGAGCCCCUGGGCCAGCAGCAGGCAGAAGGGAGGGACAGAGCCCCAAGGCGAGGCCCAAAACCUCUUGCAGCCAGACACCGCUUCCCUUUUCUCUGGACGGCAGGAAACCUGUGUAUUCCAAACAAAAAAGGCCUGCGAAUAAAGCGUUUGACCCUUUUAAGCAA